CCUAUAUAUACAUUAGCGCCGAGGCGCCGUCUUCUCCCAUCCCAUUUGCUCUCCUCUCUUAGCUCGGUAGGCGUCGUCUCCGAAGGAAUUGUCUCUUGCAGGUGCGGGGUGCAGAUGCAGAUGCCGGAGCGGGACAUCUUAAAAAAUUUAGUUUGAAAAUGUCAGGUAAGUAUAUCAUGGGUACUCUUGCGGUGACCGGUGUAGUCGCCUAUGUGCUUGAUAAUCUGAUAUCUGACCAGAAGUUAUUUGGAGGCACCACUCCAAAAACUGUCACGGGCAAUGACUGGGGGGAGGAAACAGACAAGAAGUUUCAGGCGUGGCCACGCACUGCUGGGCCUCCAGUUGUCAUGAAUCCCAUCACACGUCAGAAUUUUAUCAUCAAGUCAAAUGAGUGAUGAUACAGUCUGUCUAUUUGCAUGCUUGAUAAACUUAGUGUUAAACUUGACACCCAUAAGAUUAUUUUCAUUCCAAUUGGAUGAUUUGUUCGUUGAUGUGGUUCUCUGAUCCUACUGUGCCUCAAUGUAUUACUUGAAUAAUCAAUUCUAUCAGCCCAACUGCUGUUUUUGAUCGUC